UGAUACACUUUUAUUUGUUGAUCACCGCCCGGAAGUGGGUAACGGGUGACGUCACGCAGAAGGAGGAAACAGAUCUCGACAGCUAAGAUGGCGGAGGAGAAGCAGGAAUCAUCACAGAAAGAGAUGGAGGGAGUGAACUGUCUCGCAUAUGAUGAGGCCAUAAUUGCUCAACAGGACAGAAUUCAGCAGGAGAUAGCCAACAGUAACCCUUUAGUAUCGGACAGACAGGACCUGUCAGUUCUGCAGAGGGAGUAUGCGGAUGACGACACAGUUUAUCAGCUCAAGAUCAAGGACCUUCACAAAAAAUACUCGUACAUCCGUAAGACGCGACCAGAUGGGAAUUGUUUCUACAGAGCCUUUGGUUUCGCACAUCUCGAGUCCCAUCUAGAUGACAGCAAAGAACUUCAGAAGUUCAAAGCCGUUGCAUCAAAAAGUAAACUGGACUUGGUUAAUGAAGGCUUCACCGAGUUUACCAUUGAAGACUUCCACAAUACUUUCAUGGACCUGAUCGAGCUGUGCGAGAAACAACCGAGUCUGCAGGAGCUGCUGAGCUCAUUCAAUGACCAGAAUGUGUCGGACUAUGUGGUCGUGUACCUGCGACUGCUCACCUCAGGCUUCCUGCAGCGAGAGCAUUGCUUCUUCCAGCAUUUCAUAGAGGGAGGACGCUCUGUGAAGGAAUUCUGUCAGCAGGAGGUAGAGCCAAUGUCUAAAGAAAGUGACCACAUUCACAUCAUCGCCUUAGCCCAGGCCCUGAACGUAUCCAUCCUGGUGGAGUACAUGGAUAGAGGAGAGGGUGGAACAGUCAAUCACCACGUCUUCCCUGAAGGCGGCGACCCACGCAUCUUCCUCCUCUACAGACCUGGCCAUUACGACAUCUUGUACAAAUAACACUCCUGGCCACAGCCCACCUCCUCCUCCUCCUCCUCCUCCUCCUCCUCCUCCUCCUGCUGUAUGCUACAGCAGUGGGUCGGGGGAAAUAAAAAACAAACUUCAACAGCCACGUUGAUGAAGCAUACAUAUGUGUAUGAGAUAACACUGUAUGUAUUUGAAAAAAAAAAAUAAAGUUAAAUCACAUGACAUGCCUCCCUUACCCCAUUUGACCCAAGUUUCCCCUCAGUCAUCACAAAAUGGUUAAUGGAAAAAAAGAAUCCUUGGAAAAAUAGAAGUGACUCCAGGCAUUUAGAGUUGUACAGGUUUUUUUUUUGUGGUUGUAAAUGUUAUCUACUUGCUCUAUGUUGGAUUCUUUUCCUUUGUUAAACUGCGUUUCAUUGAGUUUUAUUAAAGGGAUUUACAUCUUA